UCCAAAUUAAAGCUUAUUUAUUCUCGCUCCGUCUAAAGCUACCAACGUAAACAGUCUACUCGUUAAAAGACCAAAACAAGUCUAUUAUUUGCAUAAAAUUAAAACUUUCUCCCCGGCAGCAAGUUUUGUUCAACCAUUGUUAUAUCAAACGGGUUAUUUGGAAACUUGAAAAUGGAAAUGAAGAAGGUCAUGAUGAGCUCAGAGAGAUCAAAAGAGAAGAAGAGGUCAAUAAGUAGACGACUGGGGAAGUAUAUGAAACAGCAAAAGGGAAGGAUUUACAUCAUCAGAAGAUGUGUGGUCAUGCUCCUUUGUUGGCAUGAUUGAUUAAA